GCCGACUGACUGAUCAUGAUAAGCCCUUACUCAACAGCCAUCGAUGAGUGCAUCAUUUUCGGGCCAUCGCAACAUCCAGUUCCCACGAAACACCACACCACACGCAGCCAGCAAGACAUGCACCACAUGAGCGUGUGAGUACUCACCAGCAUAUCCACGCUUGCAGGCAGGCAGGCAGGCAGGCAGGCAAGUAAAUCCACGGCAGCAGCCAGCCACUCACGCCCAUCUUUACGCAGCCACCCAAACAGACAGACAGACAGACAGACCAUCACCACGCCAGCCAUGUCAGCCGAGAAACACUAUCCAUACAUAAACACACCCAAACAGGGCGACUGACGAUGUGUCAGUCACCCGAGCAAUCGCAGCACAGACCACACCAUCACACCAUCGUCAUGCAAGUAGGUAAGGCUAUACACAGGCAGGGCAGCCUCUCAAGCGACAAACACACCACACAUUGGCAUACAUACACUCACGCAUUGCAUUGCAUAUCUAUCAGCCAUCCCUCAGCCACUCACUCAUUUGUCUAUGAGUGCCCUCCGGCCGUGGCCACCACCUGCUGCCUUGCCUGGGCGCGAGUGGACAUCGGCACGCCGCACGCCGUGUGCACGGGCGGGACGGGAAGGACGGGUGCAGGAGGGGCGGCUGCAGACCGGUACGGAGGCGACUUCCCGCCACCCGAAUGGAGCACAGGCCUGCACGAGCGAUACACAGACAACAGACUUAGACGCAGGAAGGCAGCACUGGCGUGUUGUUGUGGCCUGUCUGUUACCUGUUGAGUUUGCGCUUCUUGCUGGCGAGAAAUAGAGACAGCGGCAGGGAGUCCGUGACGGAGCUCUUGCGCGCCAGCCUCCUCUUGCCAUCGCCCCCCUGCCGCCCAUCCCCCUGCCCCGCUGCCAGCAGGUCGGCAUGCUCGUCCUUCGGGUAGAGCUCGCAGCCGUCUGGAAGGGACAUGUUGCUGAGGACGAAGGCCGCCUGGAUAUCCUCCUCGGUGGUGCCGCGGUACAGGCCGCGCGAUCCUCCUGGUGGCUUCUUCUGCAACACCAACGUCACCUUGCCUCGGGAGACGGUGAGCUCGCCUCGCUGCUGCUGGUGCUGCUGCUGCUGCUGGUGCUGGGGGUGUAGGUGGACGGCCUCGUCCUCGUCGGUCUGCAUGGACGUGACGGUUGGGGUGAUGUCCUCGACGGCCUCGGCCUCGAGGCGCUCGAUCUCCUUGUGCUCCUCCUUCCUCUCACGCAUGUAUCCACUCUCCAGGACGGCCGUGCUGCACACAUACCGACACCAUCGACUCGACAAGGACAUGAAUGAUGCAGUCACAUCAUUGCUGUGCAGUGCGUAUGAGGUGGCGGCCGGGCCGCAGAGCACCUCUUGCGGAAGCGGGAGGGCAUCUUGACUUUGCGAGGCUGCCUCGGCUCGGCAGGAUUGAUGACGUUGACGUUGCGCUUCCGCGUCACGACCUCAAAGUCAUCUGAGAUACACACACCCACAUAUUGAUGACGCGAGCACGGUACUCUUGGCCGAGUGUGACGUGUGUGUAAACUUUACUUACAGGGGUAUGGUGUGGAGAAAAACCCAAGUCUGCUGAAUUCGUACCAAGAAGACAGUAAGCCCUGAGUGUCACUGCCAAACUGAAGCAUACACGCACGACCCAUUGCCGCUGCCACACAAUAGCUGCGAUGCUCCCCGCCUCCCCUUCCCGUGGCUCCUCCCUCACCGUCUCCUUGAGCGAUGUCGCGAGUGCGCUAUCGAAUGACGCCAUCGACGACAAGAUGCCGGGCGCCGUCAAACUCCGACCAUCGUCACUAGGAGCAGCAGCGGCACCACCGCUACCGGCGUCCCCGCCGGCACUGGCGCUAGUACUGGCGGCCCACACGCCUCGCUUGGGGCUGCCAGCCGACUUAUCCCGUGCCAGCUCUGCCAGCAGGGCCUUCUCUUCGAAAUUGAGAGUAGGCGUCGGUCGGCCGAGGGCCGCCAGAAGGGAGCGCACCUUGGCGGGAAGGCGUCUUCGCUUCUGGUGGUGAUUCACUAUGCCCUGCAGACCAGCCCUAUCCUGCACGAUGGAUGCCACAAAGACAACCACACCCAUCCGCUGCUGGUACGUGAUCCGUCUCGGGCUGCCCUGCCUCCCUCACCUGGCGCAGCAGACGGCGCUCUGUGGCGGCAUCGAAAGACACGCUCCGGUGACGUGCCCUACUAUCAGACGACAUCUGACACACACAAACGUGAUGAGAGCACCACGGUGAAUGCCCAACCAGUGCGCGUGGUUGCGUGGAACGACGGGAUGUGGGCUGUGCGGGAGAGAUGCCGGUGUGCACAUCUUGUCCUUACUAUCAGCAUCAGCUGGCGUGGACGUCAGUGCUGCAGCCAGGAGGAGCCCGGUGGCAUGGAGAUUGCCGAACACUGCAGCAGGCCUCAGCGCACUCGCCGUGCAGACAGGUCACUCAAAAUGAUUGCAGAGCGCUGGUGCCUCGCGUCCUGCCCUGUCUAUCUGCAUCCUCCCCCUGCCUCAGCACGUGCAGCUGCAAGGCUUCCAAACCGG